ACAUACAGACACGAUCCAAGACCGAGGCGCUAUACGCAGUGUGUGCUGGUAAAGAAGUACCGUUCGACUUCCCUUCGUCCCUCGAGGAUACUAAUGUAGUCGAUAAGAGGUACAACCAAGGCCAUCUGAUCGUUAUCGGAGAUCCGGAUAGGAUUCCAUGACCGACUAGAGUGUCUAUACCGGAUAAACAAUCCCUUGACCGGCCGUCCUCGAGGGUCUGUCCACAUGGGUCGACUUUCUGCCCGCUUUCCCCUCCCUUGAUUCGACUAUGACCAGAGGUUUGAGCUUCUCGAUGCGUUGCGCAAGUGCUGUGUCAUCCGGUUAUCCUCUCCCCCAGUGCUAAGCACCAUACUUGACGGACACGACAUCACUACUUACAGUCCGGCAUGUCGACAGCUUCGGAGGGACAUGAGCGUGCGUGCUCCUCCGAAGCAGAAAAGAACUCCACUACAGCGACAUCAGUCCCACAACUCCCUGAAGACGUCUUCUUGCUGAUACUCUCCAACCUAGCUGCAUGGGAUGUUGUAAAUUGCCAGCGGGUUUGCAGGUCAUGGCGCAUUGCGUUCUCAAAGGGCGAAUACAUCCGAGUCGUCUUGCAGAGCUAUCCGCGAGCCAGAGAAAUCCGGUCACUUCCUGAUGGGGCACUAAACUUCCAUUCUGCGCCUAAAUUGUCCUUAGACUGGCAGGAAAUCCUCCUCCUGAUUGCGACCAGAUACCACAACCUAUCCAAAGGCAUUGUCAGAACCCUGGUCAGGUAUCCUAUGGCACCACUCGAACAACUUGGCGACUGGUACAGUGUUGGCCAGUGGGAAUACCAUGAAAGUCAACCUGGAGGGCGCUUGUAUUAUGAGACAGCUGCGAUCCAUUUGAACAAGCUCGGUUCCAAGCCAUACCUCUUCAGACCGACAAUGUGGUCGUAUGACGAUGGCCUCCUCGUAUAUGCUCCUGCUCAAUGCUCGGCCGAAAAUUACUUUCCGGAGACGCUCGCUCUUUUGGAUCUGGCUUCUGGCAAGUCGUAUCCGAUACCAUUCAACAAUCGAGGCAAGAUCAUUCGGAACCUCCGGCUCAAAGACCGGACAUUGAUCAUCGAAUGGGCGGAGAAGGAUCCUUUUCACAAUCUCAAUGCCAUGGAACAAGUCAAUAGACAUUUCGCCAAUUGCUUUGAUAUCCGCCGCACCGAAAAUGAGAUGUCAUGGGAAAUAACCUGGCGCUCAGAAUGGAAAAUGCAUUUCCUCGGCCUGCCACCCAACUACCACGAUCGUUUCUUCUCGACACACACCUCGACUCACUAUGCCGUGUAUUUCUGGCAACCAAAUCGGAGCAUGUACACUGGUGACGAGGAAUUGCCGAUCGAGUCAUUGUCUGUGUGGGACAUCUCGGUUCCAUCAUCUUACCAGCCUUCCACAGACCCUUCCGGCAAAUCCCGCCCACCUGGGGAAGGACCAUAUAUCGUCUCGAGGUUCUCCUUCACGGACAUGGACUUCGUGGGUAUACGGCAGCAUGCCAGUGUGGCCUUGAUGUCUCUCCAUCUUGACUCGGGAACCAUGUCGCUUACCGUCCGUGAAAACGUCAACGUGGCAGGGCAAGGAUAUUUCGACCCAGCAGAGCGCUUGUGGUGCGCGAAAACGACGACUUUCCCCUUUGUCGGCGAAGGUCCGAGGCUAUACAGAGAAUGGGACGGUAAUCUCCCACCAUAUCGAGGACAUUGUAGCAUGGAGAGCGCAGAGGUCGAGGAGAGCGAACGCUGGUUUCUGCCGAUUAUGGAUGUCGUGGACAGGGCCGCCGAUGUGAGGUUGAGUCUGAUCGAGACGUGCUUUUCUGGCCAGAGCGUGGAGAACAAGCUGGCCGUGAGACUGAAGACACGCGGCGUUGAUUAUGAGGACAAUGAGGUUGACUGGGUGACGUUGGAGGACAGUUUGACUGCAGAAGUGAGCGCAAUGGGACGGAUUGCAGGUGACGAAAGAUGGCUCAUUGGGCAGAAUGAGCGUAUGGAAAUUGUUGUUUUGCAUUUUUGAAGCACGGCGUAAUGUUGCUCUGUGUCGUGGAUUUAUCAUUGUCCUCGAAGCCGCAGCCGCGGCUACCAAAGGACUCGUUAGCGCUUGAAAUGGCAGAGAUUAGGUGCCACCCAACAGGCGUAGGCACCCAUCUAUUCACA